UGAAAUAACACACGGGUUUAACUUUUGUGGCAUUGCUCUGUUUUGCCACUAAAUGUCAGUAUUUGUCCCGGGCUUACCACGCCCAUUCUUCCUUUUUUGGUUGUAGCCAGUGACGCAUUUGACAAACGCGGAAGUCGACAGCCAAACGUAAACCGGCAGCAGCGCUGCACAUGUAAACAGUCUUGUACAGCUGUGAAUCUUAAACUUUUCUCUUUAAAAUAUUUAGUUUUGUUUAGUUUUAUUCUCGGGACAAUAACUGUACAGUGUUGCCUUUUCACCUGUAACAACAAACACCUAGUGAUGGACAAUGGCCUUUUCUAAUCUUUUUACCAAGCUUCAUAAUGUCGACGAAGAAGUAAAGGAUCCUAACCACAGGAAUAACACUAUCAAUGGACAAGAGGGCAGCUCAAAGAGGAAACUACACACCACGCAGAGUGGCCCCUAUGUGAAGAGGCAGUGUCCUGAGCCUUAUGCAGCAGGUACAUCCAAUGCAGAGCAAAAUGAGGAACCCAAAACAUAUGAAGCCCAUAGAUUUAACAGGGCCAAUAACAACCCAAGAUCCAGUGUCUCCAGAAAUGCAUUUUAUAGGAACAACCAAAGGACUUUCUCAAGUGAUGACAACAAUAGAGGAAACACUAGCAAUGCAACCACUCAGAAAAAGAAGACAAUUAAAAACAAAAGGAAGAAAAAGACAGAGAGGGUGAGUGAAAAUGGGCAAAGAUACAAGAAUGCUCAGAAAGAUCAACAAAAUAAAGACCGCACACAGCCUCGUCAACCCUUCAUGUCCCAAGAUUUUAAGGAGCAACAUUCUCUGGAGGUGGAUGGACAUCUGCUUUGUAUUCAUUUCAUUCGAGGGAGAUGCAUCAAGGGAGAAGAGUGCCAAUUUGAGCAUAUUGAAGUAUACAAUGGUCUAAUUAAAGAAGCCUGUAAAUUUUAUAUCCAAGGAUGUUGCUUAAAAGGGAAGAUGUGUCCGUACCUGCAUGAGACUUUUCCUUGUAAGUUUUUUCACACAAAAGGCUACUGCAGACGAGACCCCUGCACGUUUCUCACGAUCCACUGACUGACUUCACAAGAAAGCUUUUGAAAGAUUUAAUACAACAGCAAAAUCAACUCAAAAAGAAAGCAGAAGAAGAGGCUUUAAAUCAAACUGAAAAUGUAUGUGAAGCAGUUGAAGAAAACACAACUAUGGACGUUGUCAUACCAUCUGCCAGGCAAAAUUUUUAUCAUAGUACAGAAACACCUGUUGAUGAGGGCACUUUGAUACCAGAGUCGGAACAGACAGCUGAUAUAACGGAGGAUGACAAUACGUUACAAACUGAAAAUAAUCUAGAGCCUGAAGAGUCUUUACCCUCUGCUUUGGACCAAGCAGGACCUGUGUGCUAUUCUGUGGAAGCCAUGCUUGGACCCAAACUUUUCAAACCAUGCUGCUAUACUGCCCCAAAAAGUCAAGAAGCAGCACUGUUUGAUCCAAAAACAACAGAUAACUGCUCUUCAAAUCUUAUCAAAACUUCUUUUGCUGUCGCCAGUAUUCUUAACACAAAAUCUGCUCCAACUUCAAGACUCCUACCUACUCCACCCAUAGCCCCAGCAAUAGUAGCAUCAUGUCAGUCAAAUAAGGAAAGUAACUUAAUAUUCAAUGAUAAAUACAAUGUGUCAUCAAGCAUAAAGGAGAAAAUGUUCAAGAAACCUAGUCAGGACUUAGCCACAUCUGGAUAUCACAAUAAACAAUAUAAAAAACCUGAUUCAAAACUAGCUUUUUGUGGUGCAAAAAUUGAGUGUGAACCUUUUAAUGCAAAAGGAGAAUUGAGAGUAGGAUCUAAUGCACCAAACUCAAUACUUAAGGGUAAGAAGGUUGCAACAGACUGUAAUAGCCAAUAUAUUACUCUAAUGGGAAGUAAUUGCCCAUCUCAAAAAUAUCUGACGCCUCACAUUCAAAAGACAAAUUUGGUGAAUACGAAUGUGGUUCAAAUCAGUCAUAUUUUAAAGAUAAACCUGCACUAUCUCUGAAAAAUAAGGACAAAUCCUUUAGCAAUUCUUUAUUUAAAAAGGAGAUGACACCCAUUCAACAAAGCCUGAAGGAAACCAACAGUGAAACAAGCCUGAAUGCCCUAUCAAGUACCAUUAAAAAUGUUGCAGAAAAUAGGCAAGAAAAUGUGGCUUCUUCCUGUAACAAAACAACAUCAAGAUUAAAUAGUCUUUUUGCAAGUCUUACUCCAGAUAUGGAUCCGACUUCAACGGUUAAGAAUAGUGUUAGUGGCACCACAACUGUCCAAAGUUCCCAAAGAUUUGAAUCUGACUGUGGCAAUCAAAAGGUUAGCAGUAGUAAAACCAAGCAAAAGGGAAUUGAAAGUGAUACAAGUCCUCCUGCCAAGAAAUUUCAUGCUCUUUUUGCAAGUCUCACUCCAGACUCCGAUCGAACACCAACUGUUAGCAAUGGCACCAGUGAGAAACCAGCUGUACGAAUUGCCCCAAAAUGUGGGAAAUCAGUUUCAGCUAGUAAAAAGAGCACUUGUGGUUCAAAUAAAGAAACACAGCCAGGUCGAUUUACUGACAAUACUCCAAUAAGUACAAAUAGUAAAACAGAUUAUCAUAGUAAAAUGUUGGCCUCCACUUCUGUGACAGCCAAUUUCAAAUGUUCAACUAAAGAGGAGGACAUGGAAAGUACUAAGAGUCUUCCUGCAAAACCAUUUCAAAGUCUUUUUGCAAGUCUCACACCAGACUCUGAUCGGACAUCAACUGUUAUUAAUAGUGUUGGUCACAAACCAGCUGUCUCAAGUGCCCAAAAAGUCAAGAACUCAAUUUGUGAUUGUCAAAAGGUUAACUGUGAUUCAAAUCAAGCUUUAAAACCAAGUCAGUGCACUGGGAAUACAUCAGAAAGCCCAAAUAAUAGUAGCAGUAGUAACCAUAUGCAAGUUGAGGCAAGUACUGAAACUCCAAGUAACAACAGUGAAGGGUUGGUCACCUCUUCUGCAAGAUCAGAAUUUAAAGUUACAAACAAGAAAAAUGAAAAGAAAUUUCAUCAAAGUCUUUUUGCAAGUCUCACUUCAGAUUCAGACCAAACAACAGCUGGCAAUAAUUUUAGCAAAAAAACAACUGUACCAAAUGCCCAAAAAGUUUAUCAAUCUAUUUGCACCAGUGAAAAGAUUAAUUGUGGUUCAAAUCAAGCAACAAAGCAAAGUCAAUGUCCUGGUAACAUGUUAGAAAGUAUGCAUAAUAGUAGUAAUCAUAGUGAAAGGUUGAUCUCUGCAACAACCAAUUUAAAAUCCUUGAAGAAAGAAGACACCGAAACUGCCAAAACUGCUUCUGCCAAGUUAUUUCAAAGUCUUUUUGCAAGUCUUACCCCAACUGUUACAAAAAGUGUCGGUGACAAACUAGAUAUUUGUGCCCACAAUGUUGAAAAAUCCAAAUGUCAAAAAGACAACAGUGAUUCAAAUCAAGCCAAGUCUGCAAAGCAAAGUCAAUUCACUGAGAAUUCAUCAGAAAGCACAUAUAAUGACAGUUGUAGCACUUAUGAUGAAGUGGGCUUGGUAACUGAAAGCACAAAAACUAAGGGUCAAAAGUUGAUUUCCUCAUCUGCAACGUCCAAUUUACAAAGUAAAAACAAAAAAGAUUACCCCGACAGCACUAAGACUCCCCAUGCCAAGUCAUUUCAAAAUCUUCUAGAAGUGGAUCCGACAUCUACUGUUCAAUCUCAAAAAGUUGAAAAAUCCAUCUUUGAUAGUCCGAAGGUUAAAUGUGAUGCAAGUCAAGCCACAAAGCAAAGUCAAUAUAGUGAAAGUACACCCAAAAGCAGCAGUAGCAGUAGCCACGCUGUAGCAGCAAGGACAGAAACUUUAAAUAAUAAUUGUCAGAAGCCAGUCUCCUCUCCUGCCAUGUCAAAAGGAGAAAACCAAGAGACUGAAAGUGCCAAAUCAUUUAACAACAUUUUUGCAGCCCCUCUUGGUGAAUCUUCAGCAACAAAUGACUCAAAGAUGCCUUGUUUGCCCAAUCGAGCCCAGUGUAUGGGUGGUAAACUAUCACAUAAUAAACACUCCCUUGCAUCUUAUACUGAAAAUAAACGGAUUGAAGAAAGUAAAAAUGAACCUAGAAAGAAAUCUGCAACUAACUCAUCCAAUGUGCUUAAUACAGCAUCAGCAAGGCCCCAACAAACAAACAAUGGACCUCCCAGUUCAAUAUUGAGGACACUUUUUCAGCAGCUGAGACCAUAUGAGCAGCAAGAACAUCAAGUCUGUAUAAAAGGCAGUAUCCGUCCAGGCUAACUCCAGAUUUUCUGUCAUUAAAGUAAACUUCUGUAU